CAUAUAAUCAAAUGAACAGGCCGCCGAAUCUCAGAGCCACCGUUGUUUUCUUUCGUUUUGUUUAAAUUCCAUUAAGAAACAUUAAUGCAAUACCCUAAUUCGAUCAAUUUCACUCUCGGCACCCAAGAUAAAGAGAGGGAGAGAAUGGAACAACACGAAGUGCAAGAGCACGAGGUGUACGGAGGCGAGAUUCCCGAUGAGGAAGGUGAGAUGGACGCUGACGUGGACAUGCCUGGUGGAUCUGAAGACCAAGGCAACGACCAUGAUCUUCAACACGAUCCUCAUUCCAACUCCAAGGACUUCGAGGAAAUGAAAAAGAGACUCAAGGAGAUCGAGGAUGAGGCCGGAGCUUUACGUGAAAUGCAGGCUAAAGUCGAGAAGGAAAUGGACGGUGGCCAAGAUUCCGCUGGUACUUCUACUACCCAAGCCGAGAAGGAGGAAGCUGAUUCCCGCUCGAUUUAUGUCGGUAGACUACACGUGUACGCCUGAGGAAGUUCAACAGCAUUUCCAAUCCUGUGGAACAGUUAACAGAGUUACAAUUUUGACCGACAAGUUUGGUCAACCCAAAGGAUUUGCCUAUGAUGAAUUUGUGGAAACUGAUGCUGUUCAAUACGCGGUGCUUUUAAAUGAAUCAGAAUUGCAUGGUCGUCAAUUGAAGGUGUCUGCAAAACGAACAAAUGUUCCUGGAAUGAAACAGUAUCGAGGAAGGCGACUCAACCCAUAAUUUUGCUCCCGAAGACCUUUUAUGCCGUCACCCGUGUUCUAUCCUCCAUAUAGCUAUGGGUAAGCAUGCCAACACGUUUUCUUUGUUUGGUUGUUGCAUGGUAAAAAGGGUAACUUGACAUUUAGUUUCACUUCGGGCUUUUAGAAAUAGUGUUGUUCUUUUUUCUGUAAAAAGGAUCUCCAUGUGCUUGGGAAUUAUACCUAUUAUGAUCUCUGCAAUCCAGCAUAGGGAGAUCCUUUUCACUUCCAUGUAUAAAUCCCAAGCACAGGGAGAUAAGGCCAUUUUAGGGAUACAGGCCAACGAGGUUUUCCGCCGAAUAGAUAACCUUGUUAUCGAAUAAUAUUCAGGAGGGUUCCAAGGUUCAGGCACCCAACGAGAUACAGACCCUAUUAGGAUGGGUCUCACAUUGUCAAAAGUUGCGAAUUUUGAGAAGGCCAUUGCUUCAUUGUGUUGUUGUUACAAAGGGAGGAAGUCGAACUACGAAUAGCCUGCCAAAGGGCUGGCCGGCUUUUUGUUUUUAAUUUUUUUUAUCAAAUUGUGAGCUUGCUGGAGUCUGAUAGGAUACAUUCAUCUGAUCUUUGCAAUGGUUUGGUUCAAAUCAGGAGAAAAGAGGCAAAUAUUGGAGUGAAAUAUUAAUUGGGUGUUGAUGAGUUUAUGCAAAUAUUCACGGUUGUCGCAUAGAUUAUAUAAUGCAUAGAAAGGUCAGCACUUUCCA